AAUUUCUUUCUACAUUUGUCACCACAUUUAAACACACGCUACAUUCAUUGAUACUAUGUCCAAAGAAGCCAAGGAAGAUUUUCUAAAGGAACCAAUAUAUCCCAUCACAGAACCCCCAAGUUAUGAUCAAAGUAGCGGAAAGAUCCUUUCUUGGGAUUUCAUUUGUCUGGAACAGGCGAUAACUGAUAAUUUUACCUUAUAUACGUCAUUGGAUGCACAAGAAAAAUACAAAUUAUUUAAAAAUGCCAAGGGAAGCGAAGAUUAUAUUCGAGCUCGUGAUCUUCAACAAAAUGGGUUUGCCUUACCUGUGCUACAGGCAAAUCGUACACUUUUCAAAUUAAACAAAUUCUUAACUAUUUAUAAAUUUAGACCUCCACCAGCCGCUGGUACCAGAUUAUUUUCUAAAAAGGAAGAUAGAUAUGUUUUCUGUAAAGUUGAACGAAGAUGGUCUAUUGGAUAUACUCGGUAUAUUUUAGAAUUUACCCCUGAUUUUGAUAAUCCAAAUAGGAAAUUCACAGUGACAAUGAUUGAACAUUCUAGAAAGCCAAUAAUCGACAUUUCAGAAUUCAAUGGGAAAAGAUUGAGAUGGACUUAUUCCAGAUACUUCUUCUCUGGUACACAUUGGGCAUAUAAUUUAAAUGUGUUACCACCAGAUACGCCUUCAUUAACUGACAAUUUAACAUCUGAAAAUAAAGUAAACAGUAAGAAUCCAUUGCUUGGAUCUUCAUGGGGGAAUGUCUUAAUUCCAAGAAGUAGACGUGGUUAUGUUUAUGAAUCAAAUCAUUGUGUUGGAAAACUCUAUGAUGCACUACAAAUCAUUGGAUUUAAAUCUACAAAAUUUACAUUUCAAAAACAUACAAUGGAUACAAACUUAAGUCCAGAAUCUAUAUUUUCUGUUGAUGAAGAAACUAUGGUGAUCUUAUGUAUUGCCGCUGUAAUCAAGAGAAUUGAAGAAAUUAAAGCGGAUGCUAGAAAAUCUCGGUGAGAAUCCCCCGAAUAAUUAAAAGAGUAUAGAAAUAACCAAAUUAAUAUGAACAGAGAUUUUUUGUAGUAAU